AUGAAGGAGAAUGAGUCCAUUCAAGUUUUCUUCACAAAAGUUUCUGGAAUUGUUAACCAAAUUAGAAGUUAUGGGGAUACAAUUCCAAACAAGAAAAUUGUGGAGAAAACUCUACGCAGUCUACCACCAAAGUUAGAUCAUGUUGUUGCAGCAAUAGAGGAGUCAAAAGAUCUCGCUGCACUUUUGCUCCAUGAACUAAUUGGUUCUUUGGAAGCACAUGAAAAAAGGAUUAAUAGGUCUACAGACCAAUCCUUGAAGCAAGCUUUCAAUCCAAAUUGGAUUCGAAGGAGAAAGAAGACAAACAAAAAGGAGAAUCUCAAAAGUCCCAAAACAGAAAAAGUAAAGAAGAAUCUCAUUGGCGGAAGAAUUACAACAAAGGCAACUAUAACAACAACAAUCAACAAGGACGCAUCCAUCAAAACAACCAGAAUGGUAACCUUGUCGCUGAAUAUCAUGUUUGUAAAAAGACUAGGCACAAAAGUGCAGAUUGUCGGUAUAGGUGUACCCGAUGCAGAAUACCCAACCAUUCUAAAAGAGAUAGCAGAUAUCAGAAAAAUAAUUAAGCCAAUUUCACAUAAAAUAAUGACUCUCCAGAGCAACUAUUUUAUACAUGUCUCAGCGCUCGUCAAGGACCACAAGAUAUAUGGUCCGUGGAUAGCGGAUGCAGUAACCACAUGA